AUGGUCCCUCGCCACGGCGACAUCGGUCUCAGCACCCUCUCGAGCAUCAGCCAUGCAAACGACCUCGAAGACCUUUCGCGUGCGGCCUCGGUGCUCAACCGUGAAGAAACCGACUCGGAGCCUGAACCUGAGCCGUCACGGACGUACAAAUGCAUGCUCAUCUUCGCCGGGUUCAUGAUGACAUUCCAUGUCAUUGGGAUCAAUUCAAUCUAUGGCUUGUUCCAGGAAUUCUACACCUCUCCGGAGACUACUAUCGUAGAUGCACAAGGCCAAGAGGCGCUCGUGUCCCUUGUCGGCACUCUCGGCAGUGGGCUCACUUGGAGCGGCAGCAUCUUCGUCAAUCCCAUGAUCGGCCGGAUGGACAACAUGAAGCUCAUCUCCCUCUCUGGCGCACUCAUCAUGAGCACAGGCAUCGUCCUCGCCAGCUUUUGCACCCACCUCUGGCAGCUCUUCCUCACGCAGGGGCUCUUGUACGGGAUCGGCUCGAGCAUGUACUACUUCCCACUCAUGUCCCUCACCCCCGCCUACUUCGACCGGAACCGGGGAGCAGCGAUGGGCAUCGUCCUCGCCGGAUCGGGCGUCGGCGGCCUCGUGCUCUCCCCCGUCUUCCACACGCUGCUCACCACAGUCGGCAUCCGCUGGGCGCUGCGCAUCCUCGGCAUAUGGAACCUGAUGCUCAGCAUCCCGAUAUGCAGCGUCCUCACCAAGAAGCACCGUUCGGCUGCAGGCGCGACAGGAAGGUCUCGCGUCAGCAUGGCCCUACUCAGGCGCGGCACCUUCGUCCUUCAGGUGCUCCUGUGGAGCCUUCUUGCAGGCGGCAGGGAAUGUGGUCCCCACGUACUUCCUCACCACCUACUCGAUCUCGAUCUCUCCUACUCGAGCUCCACAGGCAGCGUGCUCCUGGCCGUCAACACCGCCGUGAACAGCGUCGCGCGCAUCGGCAUGGGCGUCCUCGCCGACCGCGUCGGCCGGCAAAACACGAUGGUCUUCAGCGUCAUCCUCUCCGCGGUCUCCGUCCUCGCGCUCUGGUACGACUCGGACCGCGCCCGCUUCCUCGCCUUCGUCGUCCUCUACGGCGUCUGGGCCGGCGGGUACAACGCGCUCCUCCCGACGACGAUCACGGAGAUCUACGGCGUCCAGAACUACUCGAGCGUGAACGGGUUCAUCUACUUCAUCCGCGGGCUCGGCGCGCUCUUCGGCGCGCCCAUCGCGGGCCUCAUUUGGGCACGCACAGCCGGGGGCGACCGUCGCGACGCAGUGGCGGGGCGGGGCGGGGUGCUGACGAUGGACAGUCUGCGGACGCGCUACAACGACGUCGCGGUGUACGAUGGCGCGUUGCUUUGGCGGCGGGGUUCUGUGUCGCGGGUGGGUAUUCUAUUGUACAUUGUGAUCGUCGCGGGCGUAAAGUCUUAG